AUUUAGUUCCCGAGUGUGACCGUGAAUGAGAAUGAGAGAGAAACAGAAUCAUCCAAAGUGUUGGGCCCACUCAGUACCCAGCAGUUGGCGCUCUCCUUUCUUUUUUCAACAACAACGUCCUUCUCUGCGGAUGACACGCUUUUCUCAUUCCCAUCUCACUCUUCCUUCUUUCUUCCCCUUUUCUUACUUCUCCUUUUCCCCUUAACCCUCUCAUUUUUCUUCCUUUUCAUCCAACAUAACACAUUCUUCUCAAUCAUUCCAGAAAAACCUAGAUUCCUCGUUUCUUUUUCCGGAUGGGUACCAGUACCGUCCUUUGUUAUUCUCAAUUCUGCUCCCAUUUUUGGAUCCUCCUUCCUUUUCGUUGAUCUCAUUCCAAAGCUGGUUCCAUCAUUGAGGGUAAACCAGCAAUAGCAUAAUCACAAAGAAUAGCACUGUGAAGAUGGUUCUAGGAAUUAAAUCAAGGAGCAGAAAGAGUGGGCCAACACUAGUUAAGUACAUAAUCCAUAUUCAGGAGAUUAAGCCAUGGCCCCCUUCAUCAUCGCCUGCUUCACCAUCACUGAAAUCUGCUAAAUCUGUAGAGCUCCAAUGGGAUCAUGAUGGCCAAAGUUCUGGGUCUCUGUUGGCCAGUUGCGGCAAUGGGAAAAUUGAAUUCAAUCAAUCUCUCACAAUUUCAGUACUUCUGUCCAAUAAAGGCAAAUUCCGUGAAGGUUUUCAGAAGAACUUGUUAGAGUUCAACUUGUAUGACAAGACAGUAAAAAGUCAGCUCAUUGGAUCAGCUACGAUAAACCUUGCAGAGUUUGGAAUUAUUAAGGAAACAAAAGAUAUAAGCACUGUGUUGAGCACUAAGAGGAGUUUCAGGAGCUCGGCACAAACGACUCUUUAUGUUGCUAUUCAGCCAAUUGACACAGAGAGUUCCAGCUCAUCGCCAAACAGCAGCUUGUCAAAAGAAUUUUCAGUAGACAGGGAAGAUAGCGAAUCCGUCUCAGUAUCACGGUCUGAAAUUGUAUCAGCAGCGCAUUCUGUUGAUGAUGAUGAUGAUGAUGAACUUGAAAUAGCGUCUUUCACCGAUGAUGAUGAUGAUGAUGAUGCAAUUCCUGCAAAUAAAUUGCAAAACAUCAGAUCCGAUUCACAGAAUACUGGGAGUGUCUCCCCUCUAAGUGAAAAUGACAGCAUCAAAGCUAUCAAGGUUGGAACAAAAGGAUCCAAUGGAAAAUCUGUUCUCUCCUUAGGAAGCACCACUUCUAGCUCACUUAAAAGCACAGAGGGUGAAGCAUCCACACAGUUCAAUGGCAGCAAAUCACCCCCUUCACCUACAGUUGAUCCUUCGGAUAUGGGAAUUCAAAACGCAAAAGAUGAAGCAUCCACACAGUCCAAUGGCAUCAAAUCACCCUCUUUACCUGCAAUUCGGCCCUCGAAUACGGGAAUUCGAAAUGCAGAAGGUGAAGCAUCCACACAAUUCAGUGGAAUCAAUGCACCCUCUUCUCCUGCAGUUUGGCCCUCAGAUAUGGCAAUUCGAAACCAAAAAGGUGAAGCAGCAUCCACAGAGUUCAAUGGCGUCAAAUCACCCCCUUCACCUGUAGCUCUGUCCUCAGAUAUGGGAAUUCGAAACACAAAAAGUGAAGCAUCCACAGAGUUCAAUGGCAUCACAUCACCCUCUUCACCUGCGGCUUUUCACUCAAACAUGGGAAUUCGAAACACCGAGGAUGAAGCAUUGACAGAGUACAGUUGCAAUAAAUCUCCUUCUUCAUCCAUAGUUCUACCAUCAGAUAUGGGAAAUGCUACAAGUGGCAGGAGUUCUUCGUCUAAAAUUUACGAGGAAAACAUGGAGGCUACUGAUGAAUGUUCUGAAAUUCCAGAAAGCAUUCAACGAUCACAUCGGCGAAAUUUCAGUAAGGGUGAGAUUCUUGAAAGCAUAUCUUCAGCUUCAUACAACUCACCAAGUAGGCAACCCAUCUUUGGAAGAUCUCCCCAAUCUCAAGUUGCUCGAGAGGGUAGGUUUACUAAGCAAAACGUAAAGGUUACCAAUGAAAGUUCUGAGAUUCCAGAAAGCACUCAACAAUCACAUCGGCGAAAUUUCACUGACAGUGAUAUUCUUGAAAGCAAGUCCUCUGCUUCAUACAAUUCAUCAAGUAGGAAACCCCUCUUUGGAAGAUCUUCCCAAUCUCAAUUUGCUCGAGAGGAUAGGUUUGGUAAGGAAAAUGCAAAGGUUACCAAUGAAAGUUCUGAACCUCCAGAAAGCAUUCAACAAUCACAUCGGCGAAAUUUCACUGACGGUGAUAUUCUUGAAAGUGUAUCUUCCGCUUCAUACAAUUCAUCAAGUAGACAAUCCAUCUUUGGAAGAUCUUCCCAAUCUCAAGUUGCUCGAGAGGAUAGGCUUUCUAAGAAGCAUAGCGGAAGUGAACAUGGGUAUAAUGAAAAUGAUCAAGGGAAUGCAAAUAGUCUUUUUGACACUGACGAUUUGAAGGAAAAAGAGGAAAUGGAAGAGAUAAAAGAACAGGAACAGUUUACCAUGAGGAAUGAAGUUGUUGAUAAUUUUUGUGAAGAUGAUUUUACUAGGAAAUCAGAAUUGAAUAACAGCGUGCCUUCACCCAAAAUGAUAUCACAUGAAAUUCCAACGCAUAAUCUGCUUAAUGAUAAUGCAGAGGAUGCGAGUACUGCAAGGUUUGAUUUACAAUCUGUUGAGAGCAGGAGUGAGACCCUAGAUCAAGCAGAGGAAAUUAAUGAUGUUGAUGUUGGUGGCACGUGUCAUGAAAACGUUAAUCGGACUGAAGAGUUUAUUGAUGAUAAGAUUGAAUCGAAAGCUAAAGUUGAAAUGCUUCUACAAGAGCUGACAGAGGCUGCUGCUCUUGAAGUUUCACUGUAUUCAGUUAUUGCUGAACAUGGUAGCUCGUCAAACAAGGUUCACACACCUGCUCGGCGCCUAUCUAGAUUCUAUUCCCAUGCUUGUAGGGUUGGCACCCCUGCUAAUAAAGCUAGUGUAGCCCAAAGUGCUGUCUCGGGAUUUGUUUUGGUUUCUAAAGCAUGUGGAAAUGAUGUUCCAAGGUUGGCAUUCUGGCUCUCAAACAUGAUAUUGCUGAGAGCACUUGUGAGCAAAGAGCUUGACAAUGCACCCAAUGAAUGCAAUGGAAUUGACCCUUGUCCUCGUGAGAAUGAAAAAGAAAAUACAGAGAAUCAUUUUCCUAGCUGGGAGGAGCCAGAAACGUUUUUAGUUGCAUUGGAAAAAGUUGAAGCUUGGAUAUUCUCUCGAAUAGUCGAGUCUGUGUGGUGGCAGACUCUGACUCCGUAUAUGCAAUCAGCAGCUGCUAAGAGCUCUGGCUCAAGGAAAACUAGUGGGAAGAGAAAAGGUAUAUGUGAUGACGAACAAGGAAGCUUUUCCAUUGAUUUAUGGAAAAGAGCUUUCAACGAUGCUUGUGAAAGGCUUUGCCCUCUUCGAGCUGGAGGGCAUGAGUGUGGUUGCUUGCCUUUGAUAGCUAGCUUGGUGAUGGAGCAGUUGAUAAACAGACUUGAUGUGGCGAUGUUCAACGCUAUUCUACGUGACUCCACAGAAGACAUGCCAACAGAUCCUAUUUCUGACCCCAUUAGUGAUUCUAAAGUUCUUCCUAUUCCAUCUGGAAAAUCAGGCUUUGGGGCUGGUGCUCAACUAAAGAAUGCUAUCGGUACUUGGUCAAUAUGGCUUUCGGAUUUAUUUGGCGUUGAUGAUAGCGACGAUCUUGACGAUGGCAAUGAAAGUGAUGUUCCAAAACUUGAAUCAUCCUACAAGCCUUUCAGUCUCCUUAAUGCAUUAAGUGAUCUGAUGAUGCUCCCUUUUGAAAAGCUCACAGACGCGGCUAUGAGAAAAGAGGUAUGCCCUAGAUUUGGCAUAGCAUUGAUAAGGAGGGUUGUCAACAAUUUCGUCCCAGACGAGUUUUGUCCAGGGCCUGUCCCAGAUGCUGUUAUUCAGGCCUUGAAUGAUGAGAAUAUUGAAGAUGAUGAAGGGUCCAUCACAAGCUUCCCAUGCAAUGCUGGUUCCACAUCAUAUACACCGCCUCCAUCUUCUUCGGUUGCGGCCAUGUUACAAGAUGUGGGAAGACAAAGUUCACUAAGAUGUGUUUCAUUUGCUCCUAUAAAGCUAUAUAACAGUGAUGAUGAACUUGAAAAAUUGGAUUCUCCCCUUUCUGCACUUGGACUUGGCAUUGAUGACUCUUCAGUUGCAGCAAUAAAGGGUGGUCGUAAGGUUCUUAGAUAUCGGCUCUUGAGACAAGUAUGGAAGAAUAGUCAAUCAUAACUUUUUUUUUUUCCUAAUGAUUGUUUUACUUGCCUCUUGUGUAUAUUUUUUAUGUACAAUUUAGCCAUAAUGUUUAUUAAGUAAUUGAUAUCUGUAUAUUUAUGCUUUUCAAAAAAGAAAAAAAAUAAUGAAUCUGUAUAUGUAUGCAGUUUUUAGAGUAUUAUUAUUUUUCCCCAA